AUGAAACGAAGAGCUAGAUUCCUUGUGCCUCUGCAGAAACUCAUUUCAGAAGGUGAAACUUUUCGUGAGGGAAAUAAAAAUUCUGGAAAUGGCAAAGAAGGAACAUGUAAGGAACAACGAAAACCAUCCAUUUUGGCCAGGAAAUUUGAUUUUGGCACUGUUUUUCGAGACCCCAUUAAAAUGAACAUUCGAAGACCUUUCAAUUCUCGGCCGUGGCAGCUGUUUCUACCAGACAAAGUUCGUGACCAUCUUAGCAGACGGGGUUAUAUCUUGGAUUGGGGUGAUGAAUCGAAUCCCAGGAAACUUCCCGCUGAUGACCUCGGCAAUAAGGCAGUACCAAAGUGUUCUUUGUAUAAUGCGGAAUCAUCCCCAGUCGUGAAGCCGGCCUACCUGUCAAGACCAGAUUCCUUGGUCGAUACGGUGGGGUCAACACAAGAGGUAGGUAUUGAAGUGGUAUCUAGUCCAGAUCCUUCGCCUUUUACAAAUUUAGGGACUUUAGGUAAUUGUGUAAAUUACAACACAAAAAGUGGACCGCCAGCUUAUUCCCACAGCUCCUUUCCAUCAGACGAAACCUCCUGUUGUGGCAUCAAACACUGUAGGCGAAACUGCGUCUUUGACUAUGCUUGUAGAAGAACUAACGCCGAUCGAAAACCAUCCCCAUCCACCACCGUUAUCGAAGUCAUCGACUGUAAUCCACGAGUCCCCAUCCUAACUUACCCAAGAGAGUCGAAUACGAGGAGAACGGAGGAGCGUAGCAGACCACCUCCACCAAGGGAGACAGAAACUCGAAAAACUCUCAACAUUAGAAGUCUUGGGUACAGCGAAACUAUUUAUGCUGGAACAAUUGGAACUAGGGAAGGGCAUAACACGGGAUUGGAGUGUACAUUUAAAAACAACCACUCGCCGAACGGUCUUUACUUGUGUGAAGCGCUAAGUCCUACUUUCACAGAAGACACAGAUAACGUGACUACGACUCUAGCGAUGCUAGAUGAUGAUUCCCUGCUCGAAUCACUGCCUAUCAACGAAACAUCCACAAUUAUUAAUCUUCCGGACUCGGAACACUCGAGCGAUGAAACCUCUCAGAGGAAUAUCAUCGCCACCGAAGAGGAAGUAUCGGAACCUUUGACCUCCAUCGAAGGACAACCCACCAAGGCAGAACAGCAGAAAUUCGAGUUUCCUGAGAUAAUGAUUAGAGGGGGUUCGAACACAAAGGAGGUCCAGGUUCCCAUGUGCAUGGGAUUGAACGAAAACCAGUGGAAGCGGCCUCACCAUAGGCCAUGUUUCCCCUGCAGGAUGUGUUCUUUUCGGGAUGCUGCAUUGCAAACAGAUUUCAAAAAUACCUGGUCCACUAGACUACAAAAUAGUCAACCAAUUCAGCCAUGCUUCAGACGCAUGUACGUAGAACGGGGUCCUAUACUCAAAAGUGCGCCUAGACGGUAUCACUCGACGCUUCGAAUUACCACACCCAUCCAACGCAAUGCGUUUCCUGAUAUCAUAUCUGACAGAGUGCAUGCGUCAAAUGGUGACUUCAACGGAUCACUGUUCUCUUAA